CGUGGCAGCUGCGUGGAAAACGUAGAAACGACUGGAAGCAAGCCCAAGCCCCGAAGCCCUGUCCACAUCCAUUCAUUCAUAUCCAUUCAUUUAUUCCUGCACUCAGUCUUGCCACUGCUGCAGACCUAGCGCCGCUGUGUACGAGGCUGUGUGAACAGCGUUAGCUCGCUGGUAGUAGAUAGAUGCUAGAAAUGGCGCACCGGAAGCGUUAGAAGUGUUAGUCCAACAUGUGAAACUGCCUGCUUUGUGUGAACCUGCAGGGAAUCAGACAAUCAUCGGUGGUGCAGCGGACGCGGUGGUUUUCCAACAAGGAUCAUGUGGUGGGCCUGGCCGUUCCUGCCUGCCCUGGUGCUUCUCUCGGAGCUCUCUGUGGUCAGAGUCCAGACUGCACCAUGCCAGACCUGCCGAAAACUCGCUGAGAGUUUCAUUAAGGGCUUGGAGAUAACAGCCAACAAGAACUUUGGGGGAGGUAACACGGCCUGGGAGGAGGAGAAGCUGGCUAAAUAUGCACGCAGCGAGACUCGGCUCUUAGAGAUAGUAGAAGCUGCUUGUGAGAAAGCAGAUUUUGAAUGUAACCAGCUGCUGGAGCAGAUAGAGGACCAAGUGGAGACGUGGUGGUUUCACAGGCAGCAGGAAGCACCGGACCUGUUUGAGUGGCUUUGCAUAGAGGAGCUGAGACUGUGUUGUCCUCCUGGACGCUUUGGACCUGAUUGCAAAGAGUGUCCAUCCGGACCCGGCGGUGUGUGUGGAGGUCUGGGCCGCUGCGAAGGGGAAGGUACUCGCCUGGGAGACGGGGAGUGCGUUUGUGAUCCCGGAUACUCGGGCCAUCUGUGCCAGAGCUGCGCCGACGGCUACUACAGAGAAAAAAGCUCCAAUGACAGCGCAGGGGCCUGCGCAGCUUGUUACCACUCGUGUAAGAAGUGUUCAGGGCCGCAGGACUACAAAUGCCUCGACUGUAAACCCGGAUGGAUCCUUCAUGACAACAAGUGCGUGGACAUUGACGAGUGUGGUACAGAGCUGGCUCGCUGUCCUACCAACACCUACUGUCACAACACAGAUGGAUCAUAUGAAUGCAGAGGUUGUGACCAGGCGUGUGUGGGCUGCAUGGGUAGCGGCCCUGCACGCUGCAAGAAGUGUGCUCGCGGCUACAGACUGAAGGGGGCAAAGUGUCUCGAUGUAGAUGAAUGUAAUGAACGUGCAAUAGCGUGCCCAGGCCUCAAUGAGGCCUGCAUCAACGAGGAGGGCUCCUUCCACUGCGACUGCGCUGACGGUUUCAUUAGGAGAGACAGCAUUUGCGUGGAGAAUAAACCUCCUGCUGGCAAGGAGUCGGGAUUGUUUGACGACAUGACAGAUGACGAGGUCCUCGUGCUGCAGCAGAUGUUCUUCGGCGUCGUGAUCUGUGCCCUAGCUACACUCGCUGCCAAGGGGGACAUGGUCUUCACAGCCAUUUUUAUCGGAGGAGUUGCUGCGAUGGCUGGAUACUGGCUGACGGAGAAGGGCGACUACAUGCUGGAUGGAUUUCUAAAGGGACGCUAAACUGUAUCGAACUACGAUUUUUUUGUUUUUUUUAAAAAACAAAAAAAGGAGUACCAGCCAGUUAGAGUGAAUAAGACUCAAAUGGGGAAAGGAAACUCUUUAUAAUGCUAGCCUUUCAGGGAUUUACUUGUGAUUGGGGAUUUACUUACAAGGGCUCGGGUUCAUUAAUUUAUAUUUAUGAAUAGGAUAACGCAGGAAUAAGUGAGAGCUUGAAAACUACGAAGCGGCGAAUCACGAAGAGGAAUAACAAAGAAACUGCACUGACACAAAAGGAACUGAACUUAAUCCCCUACCUCAACUUUGUUGGGAAAAAGGGGUGACAUAAAGACCACUACUGAUUGUUAAAAUCUAUUAUGCAUUUGGAUGUCUCACCUGGCCUCUAUGUCGCUUGAGAGAAGAUGUCAUUUUGUUGUACACAGUGAAAACCUCCAGUCAUUAUGUCCGUCCACAUUUCUCCCCAUUAAGUGCUAUGAAGCAUAGAUUUUUUUCCCAUAAUUUGAAGAGUAGACACAUUUUGAUCGUGUCAAGUUACUGCAGCCUUCCAGCUUAUUGCUGUAGGCAUGGAAGGAGGCUGGAGAAUCUUCACAAAUCACCCUCCAACAGAGCACUCACAACUCUGGGAUCUUUCCAUUGUGAACUACUACUACUAUUUAAGUUCGCAGAAUGACUUUUUUACCUCAUUCCUGAAUGAUUCUUUUUAGUAAUAAUGCAUGAUACCAGGAUUUGAAAUGGAAGUUACUGCACUGUAUUUAUCAAUCGAUCUUACUUUGGCAUGAAAGACAUAAUAUUUGACAGCUGCUGGAUCACCGACAUUACUGCUUAUCGAGUGAGUGAAAGGACGCGCUCGGACGAAGACCAGCUUGGAUCUGGAUGAUGAAAGCCAUUUUCUGCUGCCUUGAUUUUUGAGAGCAAUAUGCUUGUUGAUAUUUAUGUUGUUGACAUUACAUCUUUUUUUUUUUUAAAUGUGCAUUAUCAAUGCAGAGUGCAAUUCCAGUUUUAGCAGAUACAGUAGCAUCAUGUUGGAGAGGGACUCAAGCUUUUAUGUGUUGCGUUGUUUAUGUCUCAUUUUUCAAGUGUGGAAUCUCCAGAGUCGUCAUUCACUGUGUGUGUUUGCUUUACAAUUAAAAGAGGGAAAAAAAUA